GCUUAAGAGAGAAAACACUUGAGGAAAUAGUUCACUAAAGCCAGAUUCAUCCCACCACUCAGAACCUGAAAACCGUGGGCCACGUAGCCUCCUGCUGGAGACAGUAACUCACGAUGUCGAGCAAAACAGCAAGCACUAACAACAUCGCCCAGGCCCGGAGGACUGUGCAACAGCUGAGACUAGAAGCUUCCAUUGAACGGAUAAAGGUGUCCAAGGCAUCCGCGGAUCUCAUGUCCUACUGUGAGGAGCAUGCCAGGAGCGACCCUCUGCUGAUAGGCAUCCCCACCUCAGAAAACCCCUUCAAGGAUAAAAAAACUUGCAUCAUCUUAUAGAGGAAGAGGAAGCCGGCUCCUCAUCUCUUCUCAACGAAGCCAAUUCUGAGCAGUUCCUUGACAAGACCCCCCCUUUCUGCUUCUUUGGUAACCACUCCCCUGGCUAACACACUCUUGUGAACUCUGUUUCCUUCGGCUGCCCUUCCUCUCAGCGCCCCCUCUCCCAAUUUAAUACAGAAUAACAGUCUUGUUUUCCAUCUGGACAUGACAGUGUCAUAUGGGGUUACUGCUUAAGGAGAGUUG